AUGACGACACGUCCUCCAUCUUUCCUGCCCGAGUUUCAUCCAUUCCAUGCGUGUCCCCUGGGGGCCCUGACCACCAUUGAGGAGCGUGUCGUUGGUCCUGUGGAGUCCUGGCAGCUCCUGUCUCUGACCCGGAAUCCUCUGUCUUCUGAUUCCUGGAUCAUGUAUGACCUCUCCGCCUCUCUAUGGGUGCUCUGUACAUUAUCAGCAAUAGUCCCGGGCUGGACACAACAGACCACGCCCCCCACCUCCGGCCUGAAGUUCCGGUUGGCCGGCUUUCCCCGGAAGCACAAUGAAGGGCGGAUCGAGGUCUUCUACAGCCAGGAAUGGGGUACGAUCUGCGACGACGACUUCACCAUGGAGAAUGCGCACAUCCUCUGCCGCCAUCUUGGAUUUACAGAAGCCACGGGAUGGACGCACAGCGCCAAGUAUGGGAAAGGAAUAGGGCGGAUCUGGCUGGAUAACGUCAUCUGCUCUGGAAGUGAGAAGAGUAUCACAGACUGUAUCUCCCGGGGGUGGGGGAGCACGGACUGCACGCAUGAAGAAGAUGCCGGGGUCAUCUGCAAGGACGAGAGGAUUCCGGGAUACGUCGAGCCCAACACCAUCGAGACAGAGCAGCGGCAGGUGGAGGAGGUCCAUCUGAGACCCGUCAUCUCAAGUGCCAAAAACCGACUUCCAAUCCACGAGGGGAUCCUGGAGAUCAAAUACAAGAAUAGCUGGGAACACGUGUGUGACGUGGGCUGGACUCAGACCAACAGCCACGUGGUGUGCGGAAUGCUGGGCUUCCCCUCAGAGAAGAAGUACAACCAAAACUUCUACAAAUCCUCUCCUAGCCAAGAACCCAAAAAGAAGGAGCUGAAAAACGGCAACAGGUUGUACAUGGGGAGGCAGAAGCCAUCUUUCCGCGUACACUCGGUGAAGUGCGGCGGCACUGAAGUUCACCUAUCUCUCUGUCCCUUUGAGUUCUACAAAGAGAACAGUACAGACGCCUGCCAAGAUGGAGCCCCGGUUGUGAUCAGUUGCACGGUUGGACCGGCCUUUGUGGGUCAUGGAACUCCGGCACAGGCAACCAUGAAGAAGAAGAAGGUGUCACAGCAGCAGCGUGAGGAGAUCAUCCGGCUGAAGGGAGGCUCUCGUCCAGGAAAGUGUGAUAGCCGCCUCGGUUGGCCCGCGUCCUUUACACACGGUCUCGUUCUGUUUCACAGGUUGUACAUGGGGAGGCAGAAGCCAUCUUUCCGCGUACACUCGGUGAAGUGCGGCGGCACUGAAGUUCACCUAUCUCUCUGUCCCUUUGAGUUCUACAAAGAGAACAGUACAGACGCCUGCCAAGAUGGAGCCCCGGUUGUGAUCAGUUGCACGGUUGGACCGGCCUUUGUGGGUCAUGGAACUCCGGCACAGGCAACCAUGAAGAAGAAGAAGGUGUCACAGCAGCAGCGUGAGGAGAUCAUCCGGCUGAAGGGAGGCUCUCGUCCAGGAGAAGGCCGCGUGGAAGUCUUAAGGAAGGGAGAAUGGGGAACGGUGUGUGAUGACCGAUGGGACCUCCAAGCCGCCAGUGUGGUGUGUAGACAGCUGGGCUUCGGAAGUGCCAAAGAGGCUUUAACAGGGGCAAGAAUGGGGCAAGGUAUGGGCCCCAUCCACAUGAAUGAGGUGCGCUGUACGGGCCCCGAGGACUCCCUCUUUGACUGUCAGUACAAGAACAUUACACAGGAGGACUGCAAGCACAGCGAGGACGCCUCCGUCAAGUGCAACAUUCCAUACAUGGGCUAUGAGAACACGAUACGCAUUGUUGGGGGGCGCACGCAGUACGAAGGGCGCGUGGAACUGAAGCGUGGAACAUCUUGGGGUUACCUGUGCAGCGAUGGCUGGACCACUAAAGAGGCAAUGGUGGCUUGUCGGCAGCUCGGCUUGGGGUACUCUCUGCAUGCCAUCACGGAAACCUGGUACUGGGACGCCAGCAAUGUGACGGAGAUGGUCCUGAGUGGGGUACGCUGCUCUGGAAGUGAGAUGUCUCUACAGCAAUGUUCUCACCACCGUGCCGUCAGCUGCAAGAACACCGGCACGCGGCAUGCAGCGGGAGUCAUAUGUUCCGAGA